CCCUGGGCGGUCACUGAUACUGGAUGCCAGCGCUGGUAUCAAGAAGGCAAUGAUCAGAUUUGUAACACGCAUAUCACUGUCACAAGGGUCCGCGCCACCGAGCUUCCUAAUUUUCAGUGGCAAUGGAAACCAGAGCUCCAUCUUUAAAGAUGCAUGAGACAUCUUGAACAACAGAACGCAAAAGGUGGAGACUCAGACAGAGAAAGUGCUUCUGUGUCAGAGAGAGUGAAACUAGGGAGGGGGAGGCGCGUGUAGAUGACAUUAAAGGGCCAAAGUUACGGCAGAGCACAGCGGGGGGCCUACACCUGCUGAAUGAACCCUGUUAGUGUCGGGGAGUACCAUGGGCUACGGGUGGGCUCAGCCUUGCUCGGCAUUGUGGCAGGCUGCAUCAUCAUUGGGGUCUCCAGGGAGUGUGAUGCUGACGCUGUAGGAGGUAUCUUCCUGGGAGCAGGGGGCCUUGGCCUUCUCAUAUCCAUAUAUCCCUUCAUCAAAGCCUGGCUGAACAUCAACCACAUUCUUCCAUCCUUUGGAAAUUUCCGAGUGCACCCUGCAGCUGCCAUUCCUGCACCGGAACAAGCGAUUGAAACCAUAAGAAGAGAUGGGACACAGAGUCAGCUUAAUCUGGAACGUUGCAAGAGUCGCAUGGGUACCUUUGUGGAUGGGGGACCGGUGGCUGAGACCAAUCCGGAUGAGGGGCCAUUGGGAGCAGAAAAGAGCGACUUUCAAAAGACAUCUUCAGACAUGCCAGAUGUCUUAUCAAGAUGGAAACAAAAGCCGUCUUCUACCGAUCAAGACCUGCCUUGAUGUCGUCAUGCGAUUUGUCUGGCCCUCGUGAUUCAGCACCUCCACUCAUCUUUUUCAUUAGGCUUCUUUAAGUGUGAUGACAUGAUAUUGACUUAAAUAUUUUUGAUUUUUCUGUAGAUGUGUUGCAUCGUAUUUUGUCGAGAUCUUGCACUUAUGAGAAGUUGCACAUCUGAAGACAAAAUAAUGACACUCAGUGAAGUAUUUUUACCCUUCCUGAUACUCGGAGAACCAUCUCAAACCCAGUGUAACCCCACUUGCUUGCAGCUCAUCUCAUCUUCACACAAUGUUCCCAGCCACCAAUUAAGAAAUAAUUAUGGUCAUUAUAUGAUAAUGGGAUUCGUGUGAUUUAGCUCAAGUUCCCUGGCUUUCAUUUGACACGAUUGGCACUAAUGGGAACACAUGCAUGUGUGUAGGUCCACACAUGCAUGCACACGGGGACCUGCACCCCGCAGUGAGACAUAAAGCAUUGAUAUUCAGGAGAGCACAGACAGAAUGGGUGCUGCAUGGGAAGUGGCAGGGCAAAGAACGCUGUGCUCUGACAUAAAGCGUGAGGUGCUUUGAGGCAGAAUAAGCCUGGGCCGUGUUGACGUGUUUCUCUGCAACAGGAGCACAAGCACUAUGCCGCGCCAUGAUGACAACCAUCAGUUUGAUUGCCAGCCUUCAAUUUACAACGCCUCACCACGGCCACUCUUUGUCUGCGUGACAAACAUUGAAUGGUGUGAGACACAAAUUAACUGAAAAUCAUCCAGAAUGGGUGUAUAGUCAAAAUACAAGUAGGCAGUUACUGUGCAAAAUUCUCAGGGCGCCACCAGCUCUUUUUUUUUUUGUCUUCUUGUCUGUCAAAUUCUGUUAUCAUUGGCCUUUGGAUGUGACUGAAAGUUGCUCUUAUAUAUUAGCAAGCAUUCUGUCAGUUUGACUCAUACAACCUGUGUAUGUACAGUGGAGGAAAUAAGUGUUGUCCCUCACUGUUUUUGUAAGUUCACCCACUGACAAACAAAUUAAUGGUCUAUACUUUUAAUUGUAGGUUUCUUUUAACUGGGAGAGACGGAAUAUCUAAAAGAAAAUCCAGAAAAUCACAUAAAACAAAAGAUUUUGCAAUUCAGUGAGUGAAAUAAGUAUUUGACCCCCUAGCAAAACAUUACUAAGUUCUUGGUGGAGAAACCCUUAUUGGCAAGUACAGAGGUCAGACGUUUCUUGUAGUUGAUCACCAGGGUUGCAUACAUCUCAGGACACAUUUUGGACCACUUCUCUUUGCAGAUCCUUUCCAAAUCCUUAAGGUUUUGAGGCUGUCGCUUGGCAACUCGAAGCCUCAGCUCCCUCCACAGAUUUUCUAUAGAAUUUAGGUCCGGAUACUGGCUAGGUCUCUCCAUGACCUCAAUGUGCUUCAUCUUAUGCCACCCCCUCGUUAAAGACUGUCCUACAAUGAAACGUACAUAUAGGUCGUAUGCAGGAAUUACGACCUAUGUCAGCGUUUUCAAAACCAGCGCCCCUAGUGGUUGUAUACAUCUACAACUUCGCUGAGAUUUUACUGCCUAACCCUGUCUUUUUGUGCCCUAACCCUAACCUCACUAACACCUGUGCGUAUUCGAGUUGAAAAAUACUGUCUAGUAAAAACAUACUUUUAGGUCGUAUUCAGGGGUUGGAAAAAAUGACCCAUAGUUACAUUUCAGUUGGAGGACAGGUUGCUUCAUUAUGCUGUAUGUUGCUGGAAGAACCAUCCACGACCCAUUUUAUGUUUCCUGGCUGAGAGAAGGAGUUUGUCACCCAGGAUUUGGCAGUACAAGACCCCACCUAUCUUUCCCUCGAUGCGGUGAAAUCGACCUGUCCCCUUAGCAGAGAAACACCCCCAAAGCAUAAUGCUUCCACCUCCAUGCUUGACAGUGGGGAUGAUGUUCCUGGGGUCAUAGUCUGAAUUCCUCUUCCUCCAAACCAAGUGAGUCGAAUUGACUCCAAAGUGCUCCAUUUUCAUCUCAAAAGCUCAAAGCAGAUAUUUUUCAAUAUGAAUUAGGAGGACAAACAUGGGUUUCACCAGUAUCAUUCAUUUGGGUUCCACUACAGUUUUAAUUACGAGAGGCAGGGUUGUGCUAUUGUUCAAGUAUAAGAGUAGGUCACACUAACAACACCUGUAUAAGCUGUGUUUGACUGUCCUGAAAAAUGUGUUAACUUAAAACUGCAUACAUGUAUUUCUGGGUGUGUUCUAAUGAAGCGACUGAGGAAAAUUAUACUGCACGGUCAUUGUAGACUAAGACUUUUG